AUGAUGAGAAAACCACCAACACGACUUUGGGGCCUUUCAGGCCAGUGCCGAAGCCUACGACUAGAACUUACGGGAAGUUUCCAAUCCAGGAGAGCAGUAAUUCAAGCCAGCAAGACCUACGCCACGGUUUCGCCUGUAACCGUCAAGAAAUACUCGGGCGCGUGUGGUGCAGAGGUCGUGGGCGUCGAUCUCGCCAAGGACCUUUCCGACCCAAACGUGGUCAAGGCGAUCCGUGGUGCCCUCCUCGAGCACCUGGUUAUCUUCUUCCACGAUCAGGCGCACCUCACUGCGGCCGACUUUCUGGCCUUCACCAAGCAUUUUGGUACGCCAGUCAGAUAUCCAAUGAUCAGCGGUCUCGCAGACCACCCCGAAAUCAUUGAAGUGCUCAAGCGCGAACACGAAAGGACAAACUUCGGUGGCGUCUGGCAUUCCGAUACUACAUACCUCAACCAGCCCCCAAUGGCGUCCAUCUUGCUGGCCCGAGAAUUGCCACCUUACGGUGGUGACACGUGCUUUGCGAACCAGUAUCUCGCCUACGAUUCGCUGAGUGACGGAGUCAAGAAGACGUUGAAGGGACUGCGGGCCAUUAGCAGUUCCGCCAAAGCCGAUGUGAGCAAGACACGAGAGGAUCGCGUCAAGGAGGACGCACAGGGGUCCGGGAACGAGAACAGGGACCUGGAGGUUUCGCACCCAGCUGUGCGAACCCAUCCCGAGACAGGCCGUGAGGCCCUCUAUCUAAAUGUGGCUCACACAACUCGAUUUGACGGUUGGACCGAAGAGGAGAGUAAACCGUUACUGGACUACCUCUUCCAGCACCAGGUAAAGCUCGAAUACACUUGUCGUUUCAAUUGGAGAGUUGGCUCGGUGGCGUUUUGGGACAAUCGAUGCGUGCAGCACAAUCCGGUCAACGAUUAUCACGGGUUCAAAAGGUCGAUGCAUCGAAUAACGCUGGCGGGGGAUACGCCCAAGUGA